GAAAAAAGGGCGGUGUGGGGAGAGAAGGGAAACUUUUCCGGGCAGCCCGGGAGCAGGCAGGGCCGGAGCUGAGCGCGGCGGAGCCCCCGCACCCUCCGCCCGCCCCAUGGCUUUAUAAAGGGCCGCUCCCCGGGGGGGGCUGCCGGGGGGGGUGCUGAGCGCCUGCUCUGCGCUUGGAGGUUUAUUUUUUCCACCCUCGAGCUGUGGCGGGCCGGUGCCCCGUUUUUUUGGGGAGCAUGGAUACGCACACGCGCUGGAAAAGGCGCAGUUGGAUACGGAGCUGCUCGGUGCCCGCUGCGCUGGUGCUGCUGGGUGCCCUGUCCCUCGGCCGGGCAGCUGAGCCUGCAGACCUCUUGAAGGUGUUAGAUUUUCACAAUUUACCCGAUGGUAUCACAAAAACCACAGGGUUUUGCACAAGCAGAAGGUCUUCAAAAGAAGCAGAUGUUGCUUACAGAGUAACAAAAGAUGCUCAGCUCAGUGCCCCGACAAAGCAGCUGUACCCUGCUUCCCCAUUCCCAGAGGACUUCUCCAUUCUAACCACUGUAAAAGCGAAGAAAGGAGGUCAGUCCUUCUUGAUCUCAAUUUACAAUGAGCAAGGGAUCCAGCAAAUUGGUGUGGAGUUGGGUAGAUCUCCUGUAUUCCUGUAUGAAGACCAUACAGGAAAGCCAGGCCCAGAAGACUAUCCUCUCUUUAGAGGCAUUAACCUAGCAGAUGGCAAGUGGCACCGGGUGGCUCUGAGCGUGCAGAAGAAAAAYGUCACCUUGAUCUUGGACUGUAAAAAAAAAAUCACCAAGUUCCUGGACCGGAGCGAGCACCCCAUCAUCGACGUCAACGGCAUCAUCGUGUUUGGGACCAGGAUCCUGGAUGAGGAGGUCUUUGAGGGUGACAUCCAGCAGCUGCUGAUCGUGGCRGAUCCACGGGCGGCCCUCGAGUACUGUGAGCACUACAGCCCCGACUGCGACACCGCCAUCCCCGACGCCCCCCAGUCGCAGGACCCCAACCCCGAUGAAUACUACACGGACGGGGAGGGAGAAGGUGACACCUACUACUACGAGUACCCCUACUACGAGGACGUGGAUGAAGCCGUCAAACCAGAAGCCCCCACCACCAAACCCARCCCUCCUGAAGUGGCUGCAGGAGAGACACCCGAGACCAAGCAGGAUUAUCCAGCCCCCACUGCAGCCCCGGAGAGGGGGAACCCCGGGAAGCAGCCCAAGGAGGAUGAAGCCGUGGGUGAUCCCCUGGUGGAUGAGUACAACUACGAGACCAUCAACGAGGAGUAUUUCACCCCCAUGCCUUACGAAGACAUCAACUACAACGAGGAGAUCGACCCCCAGGGCGGCCUCACCGAAAACGCGGUGGAAGCCGAGCUCCCCACCAGCACCGUCGUCACCUACAACGAGACCGAUAUCAAGCACCGUGCUGUUCCCUGUGGUCAAAAUGACUUUGAGGAUGUGUCUAAUCCCAUUUUUUUCCUUCCUCUCGCUCAGGGAAUGCUGGUGGAAGGCCCCCCUGGUCCCGAAGGCCCAGCAGGCCUUCCAGGACCUCCAGGACCRACCGGACCCGUGGGUUUAAUGGGUGACCCGGGUGAGAGGGGCCCACCUGGGCGYCCAGGUCUCCCAGGAGCAGACGGAUUGCCAGGACCACCAGGGACGAUGCUCAUGUUGCCCCUGGCGCUGAGGGGACCAGCGGGACCCAUGGGCCUGACGGGGCGGCCGGGCCCCAUGGGUCGAGCUGGCAGUGACGGUGCCCGGGGAAUGCCAGGCCAGACAGGACCAAAGGGUGACCGAGGCUUUGAUGGUUUGGCCGGUUUGCCUGGUGAGAAGGGGAACAGGGGUGAGCCGGGUCCCCACGGCCCCCCRGGGGCUCCAGGAGAGGAUGGGGAGAGGGGAGAUGAUGGAGAAGUYGGACCCAGAGGUCUCCCUGGAGAACCUGGACCCCGAGGACUGCUGGGCCCCAAGGGACCCCCAGGACCCCCRGGACCACCGGGYGUGGCUGGCAUGGAUGGACAAACAGGUCCCAAAGGGAACGUGGGCCCUCAGGGCGAGCCAGGGCCCCCAGGACAGCAGGGGAACCCYGGGGCUCAGGGUCUUCCAGGUCCACAAGGCGCCAUCGGUCCCCCAGGAGAGAAAGGCCCACUGGGCAAACCUGGCCUCCCAAAUUCUCUUUGUCUCGUUUAUCCAUAGGGUCAUCCUGGCAAGGAGGGGCCUCCUGGAGAGAAGGGCAGUCAGGGUCCCCCAGGUCCUCAGGGCCCCAUUGGUUACCCAGGACCCCGUGGAGUCAAGGGAGCAGAUGGAGUUCGUGGGUUGAAAGGCACCAAAGGGGAAAAGGGUGAAGAUGGCUUCCCUGGCUUCAAAGGUGACAUGGGCAUCAAAGGAGACCGGGGGGAAAUUGGCCCCCCCGGCCCCCGGGGUGAGGAUGGGCCCGAAGGUCCCAAAGGUCGCUCUGGCCCCAACGGAGAUCCCGGUCCCCUUGGGCCUGCUGGAGAGAAGGGAAAACUCGGCGGCUCCAUCGGUUUCCCAGGAUUUCCAGGAGCCAAUGGAGAGAAGGGCACACGGGGCACUCCUGGCAAACCAGGUCCGAGGGGGCAGCGUGGGCCGACGGGUCCACGGGGGGAAAGAGGCCCCAGGGGAAGCACAGGCAAACCUGGCCCAAAGGGCAACUCUGGUGGUGACGGCCCCCCUGGUCCUCCUGGAGAAAGGGGACCGCCAGGGCCUCAAGGACCAACUGGAUUUCCUGGACCAAAAGGCCCUCCUGGUCCUCCCGGCAAGGAUGGAUUGCCUGGGCACCCUGGACAGAGAGGAGAAACUGGUUUCCAAGGCAAGACCGGCCCUCCAGGUCCUCCCGGCGUUGUGGGYCCCCAGGGUCCAACUGGUGAGACUGGGCCCAUGGGUGAGCGGGGACACCCAGGUCCUCCRGGUCCCCCAGGAGAGCAAGGCCUUCCUGGUCUGACUGGAAAAGAAGGGACCAAGGGCGAUCCUGGUCCCGCUGGACUCCCGGGGAAGGACGGUCCUCCUGGCCUGAGAGGUUUCCCUGGAGAGAGAGGGCUCCCCGGCCCCAUUGGUUCUCCAGGGCUGAAAGGCAACGAAGGUCCCCCAGGCCCUCCAGGCCCGGCCGGCUCUCCUGGGGAGCGUGGUCCUGCAGGAUCAGCCGGCCCUAUAGGUUUGCCAGGGAGACCUGGCCCUCAGGGACCUCCAGGACCUGCGGGUGAAAAGGGAGCUCCAGGGGAGAAGGGUCCCCAAGGACCGGCUGGUCGGGAUGGCAUCCAGGGUCCCGUGGGACUGCCGGGCCCAGCAGGUCCUGUGGGACCCCCUGGCGAGGAUGGAGACAAGGGUGAAAUYGGGGAGCCAGGCCAGAAGGGCAGCAAAGGUGACAAAGGGGAGCAGGGUCCCCCAGGUCCCACCGGUCCCCAGGGUCCGAUUGGUCAGCCUGGCCCAGCUGGAGCUGAUGGAGAGCCUGGACCCCGAGGACAGCAAGGCCUCUUUGGUCAGAAAGGGGACGAAGGACCCCGAGGUUUCCCUGGUCCCCCUGGCCCCGUGGGCUUGCAGGGCCUGCCUGGACCGCCUGGGGAGAAGGGAGAAACAGGUGACGUUGGGCAGAUGGGUCCACCAGGCCCACCAGGACCCAGAGGUCCAUCUGGGCCACCAGGAGCAGACGGUCCACAGGGUCCUCCUGGGGGAAUAGGAAAUCCUGGUGCAGUAGGAGAGAAGGGUGAACCUGGGGAAUCUGGUGAGCCUGGUCUCCCUGGCGARGUCGGCCUGCCGGGCCCUAAAGGUGAAAGAGGUGAAAAGGGAGAAGCAGGUCCCUCUGGUGCUGCUGGUCCACCYGGCCCCAAAGGCCCACCAGGGGAUGAUGGCCCCAAAGGCAGCCCUGGUCCAGUUGGUUUCCCUGGUGACCCCGGUCCUCCUGGAGAGCCUGGCCCAGCUGGUCAAGAUGGUCCGCCUGGUGACAAAGGUGAUGAUGGUGAACCUGGACAGACUGGUUCCCCUGGGCCCACGGGAGAGCCAGGCCCCUCCGGACCCCCAGGAAAAAGGGGCCCUCCUGGUCCAGCUGGUCCCGAAGGAAGGCAAGGAGAGAAAGGAGCCAAGGGGGAAGCUGGUUUGGAAGGACCUCCUGGGAAGACUGGGCCAAUUGGUCCCCAAGGUGCUCCAGGGAAGCCCGGCCCCGAUGGCCUUCGAGGGAUCCCUGGUCCAGUUGGUGAACAAGGUCUCCCGGGAUCCCCUGGCCCAGAUGGUCCUCCAGGCCCAAUGGGCCCUCCGGGUUUGCCUGGUCUGAAAGGAGACUCCGGUCCUAAAGGGGAGAAGGGUCAUCCAGGUUUAAUUGGUCUUAUUGGRCCGCCGGGAGAGCAGGGGGAAAAGGGUGACAGAGGCCUCCCAGGUCCCCAGGGCUCUGCAGGACCCAAAGGAGAGCAGGGUAUCACAGGUCCUUCUGGACCCAUCGGACCUCCAGGGCCCCCAGGAUUACCGGGUCCACCUGGUCCCAAAGGUGCUAAAGGCUCAUCAGGUCCCACGGGUCCAAAGGGUGAAUCAGGUCUUCCUGGGCCCCCAGGGCCUCCUGGUCCUCCUGGAGAAGUCAUCCAGCCCCUGCCCAUCCAGGCUUCCAAGAGGACCAGGAGGAACAUCGAUGCCAGCCAGCUGGUGGACGACGGCAACGCCGACAACUACAUGGACUAUGCYGAYGGCAUGGAGGAGAUCUUYGGCUCCCUGAAUUCCUUGAAACUGGAAAUUGAGCAGAUGAAGCAUCCCUUGGGCACUCAGCACAACCCAGCGAGGACCUGCAAGGACCUGCAGCUCUGUCACCCUGAUUUCCCAGAUGGUGAAUAYUGGGUUGAUCCCAACCAAGGAUGUUCCAGGGACUCUUUCAAAGUUUACUGUAAUUUCACAGCUGGAGGAGAGACCUGCAUCUUCCCYGAUAAAAAAUCUGAAGGAAGUAAAAUGGCUCGUUGGCCCAAAGAGCAGCCUUCCACAUGGUAUAGUCAAUACAAGCGGGGGUCUUUGCUCUCCUACGUGGAUUCAGACGGGAACCCCAUCGGGGUGGUGCAGAUGACCUUCCUGCGUCUCCUGAGCGCCUCAGCCCACCAGAACAUCACCUACAACUGCUACCAAUCAGUGGCCUGGCACGAUGCCACCACCAACAGCUACGACAAGGCCAUCCGCUUCCUGGGCUCCAACGACGAGGAGAUGUCCUACGACAACAACCCCUACAUCCGAGCUGCUCUCGACGGCUGCGCGGCAAGGAAGGGCUACCAGAAAACCAUCCUGCAAAUCAACACGCCCAAAGUGGAGCAGGUCCCCAUAGUCGACAUCAUGUUCAAUGACUUCGGAGAAGCGGCACAGAAAUUUGGAUUCGAGGUGGGACCAGCUUGCUUCCUGGGCUAAGAGCCACCUGAACCUAGUCUCCAAAUGAGCAACCUCGUAACCUCAUUGCGCCAUUUAAUUAAAAACAAAAAAAGAGAAAAAACGAAAAGAGAAAAAAAAAAAAGAAUUCCUCGUCACGUGCACGGUCUGAAACUGGACAGCGAUGGGUUAUUAUUUUUUUUUGCCCCUCCCUCCCCACUGUUUUGUUGUGCCCCCAUUUUUGCCCGAGCCCCUCUGUGCCCCCUUGGCCAUUCCCACGACGGAGAUGGAAUCUCAUGACCGCCAGCCACACAUGGAGACCUGGCCCUGUUCCCGCUGCCACCACCACGGCCACCGAGCCAAGCCCACCUCCAGCAAACUCCUCCUUCUUCCUCCUCUUCUUCUUCUUCUCGCCACGAAGCGACAGCAAGGGCUUGCCCGCAUUGUUUGUUUGUUCCUAAGGAAAAGAUAAAAAAUGGAAAAAAAACUUGAAAUUCCUCGCGUUCAGCUCAACGUUGAAGUCCUGGAUCCGAGCCUUGCCAAAGCUCCUCGGAGGGGUUUGGUUGCCUUUUGUGAGAUUUGGAUCAGCUCCAGCCAGGAGGUGCCAUGGCCAAUUCCAGAAUUUUCCAUGCCUCCUCCRCUGAGUUGCCUCAUUCCUCAUUUUUUUUUCCAAAGUGCUAACUCAAGGUCACACUGGGCAUCUCGUUCCCAUGUGUCACAGGUGCUUCUAUUUUUGUAUGUUUGUAAGUAAAUAUUUGUGUCGUAUUUUA